AUGGCGACCCUCCUCAGGCGCGCGUCGCUGCGGCGCGUCAUCACCGCCGCCGCCUCCGCCUCUUCUUCUCACCCUGAGAGCUGUAAGCAAGGGAUCUGUGGCUCCACGUUUCAUUACCGAGAGUUCGCAUCAAAAGCCAAAAAGAAGAAGUCAAGUGGAACUGACUCUGGUGAGGAGAAUAUGUCAAAGAAAGACUUGGCUUUACACCAGGCUAUCGAUCAAAUAACGUCUGCAUUUGGGAAGGGGGCGAUAAUGUGGCUUGGGCGUUCACAAGGCCAUAGAGAUGUACCUGUCGUGUCUACUGGAUCUUUUGCUUUGGAUAUGGCUCUAGGAACUGGUGGUCUUCCAAAGGGGCGUGUCAUAGAGGUCUAUGGUCCAGAGGCUUCAGGCAAGACAACGCUUGCUCUACAUGUCAUUGCAGAAGCACAAAAGAAUGGGGGUUACUGUGCCUUUGUAGAUGCAGAGCACGCUUUGGAUCCAGCUCUCGCAGAGAAAAUUGGUGUUGACACUAACAAUUUGCUUCUUUCACAGCCAGACUGUGCUGAGCAGGCACUCAGUCUUGUGGACACACUGAUUCGAAGUGGAUCUGUUGAUGUUGUUGUAGUAGACAGUGUAGCUGCGCUUGUUCCAAAGACUGAGCUCGAUGGUGAGAUGGGUGAUGCACAUGUUGCUCUUCAGGCUAGGUUGAUGAGCCAAGCUCUUCGCAAGCUUAGCCACUCCCUUUCACUUUCGCAGACAAUUUUGUUAUUUAUUAAUCAGAUCAGGGCCAAGGUAGCCACAUUUGGAUUUGGAGGACCAACUGAGGUCACUUCUGGUGGCAAUGCCUUGAAGUUUUAUGCUUCUGUUCGCUUGAACAUCAGGCGUAUUGGUUUGGUAAAGAAAGGCGAAGAGAUAAUAGGUAGUCAGAUUGCUGUGAAGAUUGUAAAAAACAAGCAUGCCCCACCCUUCAAGACUGCACAGUUUGAGCUUGAGUUUGGAAAGGGGAUAUGCCGCAGUUCUGAGCUUUUUGAACUGGGAUUGAAGCACAAGCUUAUCAAAAAGACUGGUGGUGCAUAUUAUAGUUUCAAUGAUAUGGCUUUCAAUGGUAAAAAUAAUCUUAAAUCUUACCUUGAUGAAAACAAGAGUGUUGCAAAUGAUCUGGAGAUGGAACUAAGGAGAUUGAUGGGAACUGAAGCACCUAAAGAGCAGGAGGCAGAAGAUAGUUCGGCGAGUGAUUUGCCUGAAGAGAUUGUCACACCUGAAAUAUCGUCAGAAGAGGAUCUGGGAGCCGUAAUCGAAGGUUAA